AUGAUGCCGGGCGAGACCCACUCGGCGGCGCCGGGGACGGCGGCGGACUUCUCGCGCUGUCAGGGCUGCGCGUCCCUGCAGCAGCUGGACUUCUCGCGGCCCUCUGAUGUCAGGAGUCUCUCUUUUUGCCGCUGUCGGAUCAUUGACUUCCUCAUAAGCCAGCACCCUAUUGCUCGUGUCCUACGGGAACAUCUGGUCUUCAAGAUUGCACCCAUGCUCAAUCCUGAUGGUGUCUACCUGGGCAAUUACAGGUGCUCUCUGAUGGGGUUCGACCUGAACCGCCACUGGCUGGAUCCCUCUCCGUGGGCCCACCCCACCCUGCAUGGGGUGAAACAGCUCAUCAUUCAGAUGUACAACGACCCCCAGAAAACAAGCCUGGAGUUUUAUAUUGACAUCCACGCCCACUCCACCAUGAUGAAUGGUUUCAUGUAUGGCAACAUCUUUGAGGAUGAAGAGCGGUUCCAGAGGCAGGCGGUUUUCCCCAAGCUCCUCUGCCAGAACGCCGAGGACUUCUCCUACUCCAGUACGUCCUUUAACCGGGAUGCUGUGAAGGCAGGAACUGGCCGUCGCUUCCUCGGCGGGCUGCUGGACCACACUUCUUAUUGCUACACCCUCGAGGUUUCCUUCUACAGCUACAUCAUCGGCGGCACCACAGCUGCUGUGCCCUACACGGAAGAAGCCUAUAUGAAGCUGGGGCGGAAUGUGGCGAGAACAUUUUUGGAUUAUUACCGGCUGAACCCCAUGGUCGAGAAAGUGGCGAUCCCCAUGCCGAGGCUGCGGAAAGGAAAACCCCCUUCCUACAAGCACCCAAUCCUGCGGGGCCCGGCCAGCAACCACCCCAACGGCAAAGGGGACAAGAAGAGUUCAGUGAACCACAAAGACCCUUCAAACUCUUUUUAAGGAUGUGGAGUCCAGGGAGGUCUUGUGGUGACAAGAGCAUGCGUUUUCUGCUGGGCCAUGAAAUUAAUCACCCUAUUCUAGUUUCCAAGAUAAUGACUGUGAGAAAACGUAUAAGCUAGUGAAAGGGAAGGAGAAAGAAUGAGAAAUUUCAUCACUGAUUUUCCUUUUUACCAUUUGAAAAUCAAUUGUGAGCCUUCAGCUUAAGGCUCAGGAGGAACAAAAUAGAAGACCCAGACCAGAUGAGUACAGAUGCUAAUUUCCACAAGGCAGAGAGCCUCACAGGAAGAGAAAAACCCCACAUCCCUUCUCUAGUCAGUGCUUUCCAGGCCCUUCACUGUUCUAAGUGGUGCAGUUACUACAGAUGGCUGCCUUUUAGGCCACGGUUGUUAACUGUUUUAGAAAUGCAGUGUCCAUAUUUGCUGACCCAAAACAAUACCAUCAACGCAUACAAAACAAAAGACAAAUGCACCUUUGGUAACAACGGGUCAGAAUUUUUGAGGUCACGAUGGUCUUAGACAUACAGUCACUUUAUCUAUGAGCUGCAUGCUGCCUGACUGCCCUAAAGCCCAGCAUGCAACUUCAGAGAACUGCCCUGAGAGCUAUGUCCCAAUGACCCAGGUAGUUUCAUUGCAACUUUAGCUCCUAAAACAAAAAGUAUUAACUGCACCUUCCAGAAGGUCUCUCUCAUGGUUAAGAUCUCUAGAUCCUAGGAUCUGAGAUCAAAACUGACCACUGAAGAAGAAGAUAUGAAAAAUCUGCCAUGGAGGGGAGGAGGCUGACUGCCAGAUACAGAAGAUGCAAAAGAUAAAAGGAUGCACCCCAAGGCAGGUGGGGUUGAUAAAGUAAAACAACAACAGUGGCAAUUCCCAAGGCAGGGCGAGCUCAGUAUUGUGCAUUUUUCUACAGAGUAAAGUGCCUUUGCAUGAUGAAUGGGUCCAGGGGAGUCCGCUCACUUCCUGUCUGUGAAGCAGCAGGCUGAGUCACCAUGACAGCCUGCUAAUUAAAAUGACCUCCUGGAAAUGAGGAUUAGGAGAUAGGGAGAGGAAGGGAGGCUCCAGGGAGAUAGGGCCUUUAGCACAAAGCUUCAGUUUAGCAUUCUUUUGCUUUGGAUUGGAGAUUUUCAAAGUAUGUUAAAAAUUGAGAGCAAAGCUUAUUCUCCCUUUGCUUAUUGCUUUUCAGAAAUGAUUAAAAAAAAAAAAACCCAUAUGUUAGUUGGCUACAAAUGUUGUGUUGUAUAUACAGCUUCUCCCCUCGGUU